AUGAAUUUAAAUGGUAAUAAUAGGUUCCUAACUGUUUGUUUAAAGAAUACUAAUUUCUUAUCUUCUUCUGCUUUUAAAGGAAUAUCGUUGAUUAGAGGUUUAGCUACUGUUUUGAAUUCUAAUGAUUCGACGAAAACAAUUGAAAAAUCAAAUAUUUUAAAUGUUAAUAAUGAUGAUAAGGAACGUUCUAGCGGUAGGUUUAGUUCAAGAGUUAUGAGAUUAGCUCGUGAAAGUAUUGCAUUGGGCAAGUCUCAUUUCAGAGUUGGUGAAAAAGAAUUAUAUUUUCCAAAGGCAAGAGUUAUUUUGUUAAGACCAAACUCUAAACACACUCCGUAUCAGGCGAAAUUCAUUGUACCUAAAUCUUUUAAUAAAUUGGAUUUAAGAGAUUAUUUAUUUCAUGUAUAUGGCUUGAGGGCAAUGAACGUGACUACACAAUUACUUCAUGGUAGAUAUACUAGAGCCAAUGCCGGUUCCCCAAGAUAUAGAGAACCACAGAUUAAGAAGAUGACAAUUGAAAUGGAGCAACCUUUUAUUUGGCCAGAGGAGCCCAAGGCGGAAGAAAAUGAUUUAUGGGAUUCGCAUAUCAUUCAAGAACUAGAGAAAUAUAGAGAUGAUAACUUAACAUUCGCGAUAGGUUCUGAUAAAUUUAAGCCUGGGUCAUCUUUUGGUGGUGCUCUAGGACCAUACAAACCUACUGCUCAACCAUUCGUACCAAGGUCGUUGAAAAGGAAGUUCAAUAAUCAAAAAAGAAGAUCCAAAUUGAAAAUAGACUACUUGAAAGGUCUAGUGAAACUGAACGAAUUUGUAAAUAGAUAA